AACAUUUUCAACAUCCUUCAAGAUCAAACGCUUCUAGUUUUUUUAGAGCAAGAACCUGGGGCUAUCGUAUUGAAAGCAAACCAGUUUCAAGAUCGCCUCGCCGAUAAUUGAUCUCCUAUCUCGUUUGAGUCAGUGUCGAUUGCUGAAGAUGGCGCGGCCUCGAAAAAGAAUCAUUGGACAACCAAAAGCGUGUCUAUUCCUAGCUUGUUGGCAGGGGACCGAGUGGUGCCGCGGUGUCCUGGGUCGCGCUGCAGCACAACAAACCGAUGCUAGUACCCUAGUAGAAAACUACGGAUACGGACAACAGGACGUUGAGGAGGAGAGCCUCAGACUGCCCAGCACCGACGACAUCGCCGUGGUCGCAAGAACCGCAGCAAUGGCUCCUUGCCACACGCAUCCUUGGCCCGCAGCAGCACGAGCUCAGGAAACAAGAAACUGUGGGGCAGAUGAAGUUUCAACAUGUAGUUGCACAAGACCAAGCUAGUACAACAGUGGAGGCAUCAUCAACAUCUACUUCCCCAUCCUCGUCCCGGGAAGGCCUACUUGACCAGGAUACUGUCAGUUCUUUCACCCAGGACAAGGUCGACGACGACGCCCUCGGCGGUGGAAGAACGACCGAGCGGCAGGCCGCCCUUGCGGACGAAAAUGAGGCCUCUCUAGCUUUUCUGCAGCAAGAUCUUCAUCUGGAUCCUCCGUCGAGACGGUCGAAAGCAAGCACGCAGACUGGUGGACGACUACACCGGACGAUGGUGAGUGGGGACUAUUACAACGCGAGCAACGAGGACAUCAACGUGCCUUCCCCGCCGUCAGCAUCUUGUUCAUCGUCCCACGGUACAAGAACAACUGCGCACCACUACACGACGAGCUUUGUCGAGGACACGACACAGUCGUGGUCCGAAGAAAGAACCGACGCGGAAGUAGUAGUUCCUGCGCCGACCUCCGCGUUGCUAGGAAUCGGGCCCCAAGGCGGGGAGCAGCCCGGCGAAGGUGAUGUGGCAGUAGCUGCAACAGAAGCAAGCAGCUCGCUUUCCUCGGUGAAGCAGCAGCUCGCCGAUCUGGCCGCGGUCGUGGCAACGCAGCAAGCGGCAGUCGCGCGGCUGGAAAAGGAAAACGAAGAACUGCGCACCCGCGUCGCAGAAGGCGAAGAGGUGGUAAAUGCCGUGCGUGUCAAGACCGACCAGGGGUUCGAGGUCGUGCGUGAUUUGCUUGCUUUGGUGGAAGUGGUAACGCAGUGGAUCGUGACCUACCUGCUGGCCCUGACCCGGCUCGACUACACUUUCACGGCCGUUUUUCUCUGCUGCAGCUACGGCGCGGUGUUGAUUGGUCUUGCUGUUCCCAUGGCGCGUUGGGUUCGCGGACGGCGAUCGGCACCACCUGGACCGCCUGAAAAUCUGGAACCGCGAGGACGCCAACGCGAAGGAUCGGCUUAA